AUGGCCAUUUUUACUCUGCCCCGGUCAUUCCAGAGCAAUGUCUUGUCGCCCCAGAACCCUAUGGCAUCCGCCGCCAUGAGCGCGGUAGGCUCCAGCUCCAGCUUUAUCGCCGGCGCUCCCUCACAACACCCGCCAUUCUUCCACCUCGUCCUGCUGGUUUUUGAGGCUGUACUGGAGGUUAUUUGUGUCAGUCUGCCGGGUUACUUUGCCGCCCGACAGGGCAUGUUCGAUGCAGAGGCGCAGAAGCUGGUGGCGAAUCUCAACGUGACGUUGUUUACCCCCUGCUUGAUUUUUAUCAAAUUGGGCUCCCAAUUGACGGCCGAAACUCUCGCGGAUCUGGCAAUUAUCCCCGUGAUCUUUGUCGUUCAGACUGGCAUCUCAUAUCUUUGCGCCGUUGUGAUUGCACGAUGUUUCCGAUUCAAGAAGCGCCAGUCGAACUUUGUGGCGGCGAUGGCGGUGUUUGGCAACUCCAACUCCCUCCCGAUCUCGCUUGUCAUGUCCCUCUCCCAAACCCUCCAGGGUCUCCACUGGGACCGCAUCCCGAACGAUAACGAUGACGAGGUGGCUGCCCGUGGUAUUCUCUAUUUGCUCAUCUUCCAGCAGCUGGGCCAGCUCGUUCGCUGGAGUUGGGGAUACCAUGUCCUGUUGGCACCCAAGGACCGAUACUUGGAGAAUGCGGAGCGUGAGGAAACUGGCCAGUCACGCAUUGAGCAAGGCCAGGCACGAUACAGCGAUAACCCAGACCAGACCGAUCCAGAUGAGCCCCUGGUUCGCACUCGCAGUUCCGACGAUCUCCACCAUUCCCCGGGCGGCAGUACCCGUUUCCACUCCGGGGACCUCACACCCGUAUCAACGCGUGCCUAUUCAUACACCAAGGGAUCGUCAAUCCAUUCCCAUGAUGAUCUGGACCAAGAAGAAGAUUCAGAUGCUCCGCCGUCGGUCUUGGGCCCACCACCAGAGGGUCCAUUCCUCCCACGUCAAAACACUGGAGUCGAUAUUCUCUCCUUCCCCGACGUCGAAUCCACUGCACGUCAAUGCCAGUCUGCAGAGAAGACCUUCCUUCAGCGCUGCAAGUCCUCUCUCCGUCGACGCCGCGAGCGCAUCCGUCGCGCCUGGGAGAAGAAGACCGACGCGCUGCAUGGACGACUACCCCCCAAGGCCCAAAAGGGCCUCUCAGCCACGACGCGCGGUGUGGCCCGCUUCCUCCACGGCGCGUGGGACUUCAUGAACCCGCCUCUGUGGGCAAUGCUGGCCGCCGUCAUCGUUGCCUCCGUUCCAGCUCUACAACACCUCUUCUUCGACGAAGGCACCUUCAUCCGCAACUCGGUGACCCGAGCCAUCGACCAAAACGCCCAAGUGGCAAUCCCGCUGAUCCUGGUCGUUCUCGGCGCGAAUCUCGCGCGCAAUACGCUGUCCGAGGAGAACCUAGCGGACAUGGAACACCCCGCUGCGGAGCGGAAGUUGAUCAUCGCCUCGCUGAUCGCGCGUAUGCUCCUGCCAACGCUCAUUAUGGCUCCGCUCCUGGCGCUUAUGGCCAAGUUUGUGCCUAUUAGUAUUAUGGAUGACCCGAUUUUCAUCAUCGUGUGCUUCCUGCUUACGGGUGCCCCGUCGGCGCUGCAGUUGGCGCAGAUUUGCCAGAUUAAUAAUGUCUAUGUCGGGGCGAUGUCCAAGUUGCUCUUCCAGAGCUAUGUUGUCUGGAUUCUCCCCUCCACUCUUAUCCUGGUCAUGUGUGCCCUGGAAGUCCUCGAAUGGGCUACCUAA